AUCAUGGCGACACGGGUUGUACAGGAGGCGAGCAGGCUCGAUUUAACGGCGGACGACCCUGAGUUUCGAAGUGAAAACAUGGAAACCCAGGAUGUCUGUGGAUUACAUGUAGCUCCCAGAGAUUUGUUGGUUGAUGGUGACUGCACUGACUCCGCUCCUGUUCUUCAUGCAGUGGAUGCCACUGCUGAAAUAAUUGAGAAUGCGUGCAACUUGCAUCCGGCCUGCUACACCAGAGAAAGCGGGCUGCUAUCUGUCUCAUCCACCUGUGUCAUGUUGGAAACAAGAGGAGAAAUACCUGGCAGCGAGGAUAUGCGAAUGGACCCUGCUGGGGGAGAGCACCAUCUGCUUUUGGACAAAAACAAAGAGAAGGCUCUCGGGAAAGAAGUGAUGUUGCUCAUGCAAGCUUUGAACACGCUCAGCACUCCAGAGGAGAAACUGGCAGCUUUGUGCAAGAAAUAUGCAGACUUGUUGGAAGAGAACAGAAGUGUCCAGAAGCAAAUAAAACUACUUCAGAAGAAACAGGCACAGAUAGUGAAGGAGAAAGUUCAUCUGCAGAGUGAGCACAGCAAAGCCAUUCUUGCUCGCAGUAAGCUGGAAAGUCUUUGCCGUGAACUUCAGCGUCAUAAUAAAACAUUAAAGGAGGAAAACAUGCAGCGAGCACGGGAGGAGGAAGAACGUCGCAAGGAAGUGACGGCACAUUUUCAAAUGACCCUCAAUGAAAUUCAGGCCCAGAUGGACCAGCACAACCUGCACAAUACAAAGCUGCGACAGGAAAACAUUGAACUAGCUGAGCAACUGAAGAAAUUAAUAGAACAGUAUGAACUACGAGAAGAGCAUAUUGACAAAGUUUUCAAGCAUAAGGAACUACAGCAGCAAUUGGUAGAUGCCAAGCUCCAGCGAACUACAGAGAUUAUGAAAGAGGUGGAUGAGGAGCAUCAUAGAGAGAGGGAGUUUCUGCUAAAAGAAGCGACUGAAUUGAGGCACAAGUGUGAACUGAUGAAGCAGCAAGAGGCACAACUGAAACAACAGCUUUCUCUGUAUAUGGAUAAGUUUGAAGAAUUCCAGAGCACAUUGGCAAAGAGCAAUGAAGUUUUUACAACGUUCAGGCAGGAAAUGGAAAAGAUGACAAAAAAAAUCAAGAAGCUGGAAAAAGAGACCACGGUGUGGCGUACUAAGUGGGAGAACAAUAACAAAGCACUCUUACAGAUGGCUGAGGAGAAGACACUUCGAGACAAGGAAUACAAAGGCCUACAGGUGAAGUUGGAGCGGUUGGAAAAGCUUUGCAGAGCCCUGCAGACAGAGAGGAAUGACCUCAAUAAAAAAGUGCAGCUUCUUCAGUGUCAGCUUUCAGGAAAUGAUCAGCCUUUAGAUCUGACGGAAGAAGACUAUCAGGCGUGCAAGACCCCAGAUCCUCCCGAACUGGCGGUGGUGAACACUUCGAGUCAGGAGGAAGCUGGAAGCCAAUCUCGUGCUACAGCUAUUUUAAAUCAGGAAUGUUCAACUGGCGACUUAGAAAAUGCAGUUGUGGCUUCGGGCAUAGAUUCUGUUGACUAAAACUAUCUGUUUUAAAGAGUUGUGUGGAGUUAUAUAUUUUUGUGUAAUUAUUGUUUGAGUUGUUUCUUGGUAAUUAUUGGCUUUGUGGUGAGAAUUUCUUACACAUUUUUCUACCAUAUCUGUAUUUUCUUAGGGGAAAAAGGAAUUUAUGUGGUUCAAGUAGUUGUAUGGUGGGUCAAGUUUAGUCUACUUUAUAAAUUUUCAUAAUUAAUUACAAUUCCUUCAUUUUUAAAAUUGAAAUUUUUGACAUUGCAAUCCACCACAACACAAUACUUGGACUGAGAUGUAAACAUUUCAUGUAAUUUUAAUAACAGACGAGUAACUUUUUUUUAAAAAAACUGAGCUUGACUUUUUUCACAAUGUAGGUGCAACUGGAUAUGUUUGAUUGGGACAUGCUUCCAGAGGAAGGAUUGCUGUUGGCUUUUCGGACAUUGUGCUUUUUGGAUCUAGAACUUCCACAAAGCACUAUUUUUUGAGUGAAACACAAAAAUGUGGGAACAUCUAGUUUUAAGAGUUGGAGAGUAACAGUCUGUAGAUUGCUUCAGAUAAACAAAGGUGGAUAGGAAACGGGGUCUAUUAGCUGAGUGCCCUGUACCUUUCUCGUAAGUUGUCUUCACAUGCCUGUGUCAGAAAGAAGCUUUCAGUGGAUCAUGAUCCUCAGUAAAUGUGUUGGGAUUGAGCUUAAUUUUGUAGGCCAUUCUCUCGCUGAUAUUUUUGUUAGUUUGCAAAGCUCUGAUGUCCCAGCAUUGGAGCUGACUCAAAUUUGUUAGUGGCAAUUGACCUUAAAAAAAAUCUUUAUUUUGUUUUGUAGCUUGUUUGGUCAAAGCUGCCAUUUAAUUUAUUGUUUUCCUUCGUUUAUACUUCAUAGAGUUUUCGCUGACGCAGUUUGUUUUUGAAAUGUAGCUGUGGUAACUGCACUAUCCUUUCACCUCAGGAUUUGAACCUAGACCAAAGCUAAGGAGAUAAAAAUCCAGUGUCCCUGGUUCCAAGGGUUCCAAAUUAAAUUAGUUUUGACAGUCUGUAUAUCUGGUGCAUCUGGGUCUAAUAAGCCCAAAGCUGUCAGUGGUAGACCUAUCCCUCAGUUAUUGUUGAUGGAAAAAUAAACAUUGGUUAAACAUGGUGUAUGAAGAGUGGGGUCCUAUUGAGGUUACUGGUGAAACACAUUUUAACCAUAGCAGGAACUUUUAGCUUCUAAAGCAUGCUAAGCAACCCCCAUCACCCUUCCACCCCCAAAACUAAAUGCUGGGAAACUUGACCAACCAACUUGAGCCCUGGAUGUGAAAAGAGACAUAAUUGAUUACAAGAUCCCUGUGGGUUUUUAACUGACAUAGUUACCUAUAAAACCGUAACAUUAUGAACUGCCUUAUCACUAUAUUAACUAUUAAACAACACAAUUCUCAUUUCAGAAAUGCUGAUUCAGGCCCUGUUUUAGUCAGAUUUUCAUGUUCAGUAUUUAGCUGUUUUCUCUAUCUCACAACUGGUCACCUCUUUCUCGCUCAGUCAUAUCUGUAAAACAAUAUUCUAAGUUGAUUUGUCUCAAUGACAAAUGUACUUGACGCAUCAUUUUUAUCUCUUUUAUCAACUCAUUUAUAGACUAGUUAUGGAGGUGAUCAUUAUGAAGAAUUUCUGAGUUCCUCAUUCAAGAAAGAAUGUUGAGGAAACUGCAUCGCAGUUGUAAGAGUUUGAAAUUGAUUCAUAAAGAUCCACCAUCAUGCUAACAUUAGAAACUGACUACAUGACAAUGACUCAUGAACUACUGGUUACCAAGUGCUAUAUUCUGUCAACAUUUUCCUGUUAGUUUCAGUCAGCUGGACAGCUUAUGUAUUCUCUAUGCAGUGUUCCCACUGAGUUGUGCCAUUGCUACACAAUCCUUGGGAAUGUGCUGCGUAAGGAACGCAUGUUUAAUAAAGUUCUUUUAAGAUGUGAACAUGCAUUUUAGUAUCUUAAAGGGAUGAUGUGGCACCCAAAAUAGGGAAAUCGAAGAGAUUGGCUUCCAUGCAGUAUAUCCUGCCAUCUUUCCAUUCUGCCUUUAACUCUCUGUUGUCUUCUUGAUGCUCAACAAAGUAUCAAGGUUAACAGCACUCUGUUAGGCAGAAUAUGCUGGGGUUUUUUUCCUGUGUGCUGAAUUACUCCGCCUAAACCUGAUGGUGUGGUUAUUGGUUUCUUCUGCUAUCAUGACAGUUGCCAUGCUAGUUGAUAUGUCAAACAUUCAACUUUAUCUUUUUCAGUUCUUUGCUCAUCCUUACAUUUCUCUCUGGGAUGUUAUGGAAUGUGAACCUAUAAACCUCUUAUGAAUAUGAUUUUUUGUUUUGAGAUGUUGAGUUUUCUUUAAUCUCUUUGUAGUACAUGAAAAUAGACCACUCCAAGUUUAGGUACAUCCUGGUACAUCUGAGUGCAAAGACUUGAAACUAACUUUACAGCCAGAAUGUGUUUUGGAGUGGGCAAGUACUAUGUACUUUUUGGUACAGAAGUUAAUCUUUAUUUGCUGAAAUGUGUGUUGUAACUCAGCACUUAAUUGAUUUUGUAUUGAUCUGGAGAAAGCUACUAUUCUGGAGCAGCCUGAACAAAACUUGUCCUCAGGCCUCAUACAAAAGGAAUAUUCAUUGGGAUCAUGUUCCUAUGUUCAGUUUAAGAGCGAGUAGAAGGUGCAGGAAAAGCUCAGCAGGUCUGGCAGCAUACAUGAAGAGAAAUCAAAGUUAACAUUUUGGGUCCGAUGAACCUUCCUCAGAAUUCAGGAUCACCGGACUCAAAACAUUACCUGUGAUUUCUCUUCACAGAUGCUGCCAGACCUGCUAAGCUUUUCCAGCGACCUCUGUUUUUGUUUGAUUUACAGCAUCUGCAGCUCUUUUAGUUUCUUCAAGUGAGGAGAAAUUGUUUGGGAGGAUGGAGCAAAAGUACCAGCUUUUCUAUACUACUUGUGCACAACUUAAAGUUGCAAUGUAAGAUGAAAUAUAGUUUUCUACAGGUGAAUUUACAGAACAAGACAAAGAGCUACUUGGAGGAUGGCAAAGUUGGUUUCACAUCCUAUUGGAUGCAUGAACACUCUGGUACUGGGAGCUCAAAGGAUUCAGUUAGGUAUUUUGUGUAUUUGUGAAUGCCAGAAGAGAGGGAUUUCAAGAGCAAAAGUCGAAUUUAUGCCCAUUUGAGUAGUUCCUUUCAUUUAUAAGCAAUAAAUCCAUGGCUGCUUUCACUACAUUCAAAAUGAUAGACUAAUCACCACCACUGCAUCUGAAGUUCAGUUACUGGCCUAUUGAAAAGAUACAGCAGUUCUAGCGAUAUUCAAGGGGAAAAACCCACCAAGGUGAGAACCACAUUCCAAACAAUGCUUGUGAAUGGCCACUUUCCUCACUGAUAAUCAAUUAUUACUUUUUAGAUAAAAUAUUAAGUUUAUUUGAAGCCGAGCAGAAAGCAUUUUAACCGAUCCUGAUUUCAUCAUUGAAAUCAGAGCAUGUUUUAUGUAUAAUGUAUUUAAUCCACAGUAGAAUGAAUUGAUGCACUAAGAUUUCUGUAGUUAGGAUGCACUUAAUGCAACUAUAAAAAUUGAGACAAAAUUGAGUAGGGACCUGGAACAGUUACACACACAAAAACAAUCUGGCAUCUCUCGCCGAUGGUAGCUGGAAAAAGAUUACUGUUCGAAGCCACUCUAAGACUAGGGUUUGCUUUGAUAUGUUGUGGGUACAGGAAAGCCAACUGGUAUUUCUGGUUACUGGAAAAGCACAGCAGGUCAGGCAGCAUCAAAGGAGGAGGAGAAUCGACGUUUCAGACAGAAGUCCUUCUUCAGUAUUUUUAUGCCCAAAAUGUCGAUUCCCCUUCUCCUUUGAUGCUUCCUGACCUGCCGCGCUUUUCCAGCAACACAUUUUUAAGCUCUGAUCCCCAGCAUCUGCAGUUCUCACUUUCUCCUGGUAUUUUUGGUACCCAAAAGCAGAGAAUUUUUAAGCCAGUUUCUGUAGUUUAGAAUAAAUUAUUGAAGGUAUACAGUCUGACUUCUAGCAAACAGUAAAAUAUCUCUCAUGUAUUUCAAAUAAGAUGGUGAAAUCAAGCAGUUAGUUACAAUUACUUAAACACUGGCUGUAAUCUAAUCUAAACCAGAUAUAAUGUGAUUCAUGUGACGUCGCCUUUUAAGAUAGUUAUUUAUCGAGCUGAAAAAGUCCCUUGUUUGACUGCAGUCAGUAUCUUAACGUUGAUACCAAUUUGUAUGCAUUCUACAAUUAUAAAUCCCUGAUUGUGAAUUUCCUCUGUUGAAAUAAGUCUUCAAUCCAAUCCCUCCAAGUUAGUUCACCUUUCUGUUCACUUUGUGGUAUUUGCACUUGGCUGGCAGAAUUACUGCCUGUUUUCGAUAAUAAUGUAAAGGUGUCUAGCAACUUAUCAGAAAAAGUAAAUAAUGCCUGCUCAACUCGUCAUCAUGGAACAACUCCAGCACAGGUUGAACCUGUUACUGUAUUGUUCAGCGCUGACUUAACACUCUAUGUAAAUUUGACAUCAAUUUGCAAAAUUGCUAUCAUCUGCUAUCUAAGAUUCAAGGAAUCUGUACUGCCUGUUAAGUUACACUUCUCAUCAGGCAAACAAAAAUGCUGCUUUGUGAUUUAAAUUUGUUUGUUAAAAGAUCAUAACACACAUAUCAAACUAUAUUGACCAAAUUAUUUAACUUACAAAUGUGAAAUGGAAUACCUUUUAAGCAGCAUAAUUGGCCAGUGUGAUUGAGAUUCACAGAUGAUUUCUUUCUGAUCUACAUUAUUGACUGACUCUUACACCCUUUACAUUUGUUCCAAAUAUCCUCAAAUCAUUUCAGAAAAUGCAUCCAGACUGUAAUUGGACCAAACUCCUUUUCACGUGUGGUAAAAUUGUCCAUAGCACUUAAACUGCCUUUUUAACAAUUUUUGAAGAGGCUUGUUGGAUUU